GGGUCGCUCUGACAGUGAGUGGGAGUCCCCCGCACACGCAGCAGCACACGCAGCGGCACACGCAGCAGCGGGGGAGCACAGUGCAGUCGUGGCGGCCGCCUCUCACAUCCCUCUUGCCGCUUCAGUCUCCAGCGCUCUGCCCAUGAUCCCGGCCGCGCGCUCUCAGCGGCCCCUCACGGUUCAUCCUCCCCCCGCCCGCAGACCUCACCUCACCCGCAGCCCACCGGCUCCUCACCUCCGAGUCUGAUGACGGGCGGCCGCUUCGACUUUGACGAUGGGGGCACGUACUGCGGAGGCUGGGAGGACGGCAAAGCCCACGGCCACGGCGUGUGCACGGGGCCCAAGGGUCAAGGGGAAUACUCCGGCUCUUGGUCCAACGGUUUUGAGAUAGUGGGCACUUACACCUGGCCCAGCGGGAACCAGUACCAGGGCUACUGGGCUCAGGGCAAGCGGCACGGGCUCGGCGUGGAGAACAAGGGCCGAUGGAUUUACCGGGGCGAGUGGACGCACGGCUACAAGGGGCGCUACGGAGUGCGCCAGAGCCUCAACACACCCGCCAGGUACGAGGGCACCUGGACCAACGGCCUACAGGACGGCUACGGCGUGGAGACGUACGGCGACGGCGGUACAUACCAAGGCCAGUGGACCGGGGGUAUGCGUCAUGGAUAUGGGGUGCGUCAAAGUGUCCCGUAUGGCAUGGCCUCGGUGAUCCGCUCCCCUCUGCGCACCUCGCUGGCUUCCCUCCGCAGCGAGCAGAGCAACGGUACUGUACUCCGAGACACGUUCUCCGACAGCCCAGCUGGCACCAGGGGCGGCUUUGUGCUCAACUUUCAAUCUGAAAGCGACGGGGGAGAGAAGAAGAAGGGCCUGUUCCGCCGCGGCUCCAUAUUCGGAAGUCUGCAGCGUCUCCGGAAGUCCGACUCCCGCUCCUCCAUCUCCAGCAAACGCAGCUCCGCCCAUAGCGACACCACCAUGAGCCGCAUUAGCUCCAGCGACGCCAACUCCACCAUCAGCUUCGGAGAUGGGGACGCGGUUGACGACUACCUGCCCCUGGAGGACAACGUGGAUGCCACUACCACAGAGUCCUACAUGGGCGAGUGGAAGAAUGACAAGCGCAGCGGCUUCGGGGUGUCAGAGCGUUCCAAUGGGAUGAAGUACGAAGGCGAGUGGCUUAACAACAAACGCCAUGGAUACGGAUGCACCAUCUUCCCCGAUGGAACCAAAGAAGAGGGCAAGUACAAGAACAACGUGCUGGCCCGGGGCAUCCGCAAGCAGCUCAUCCCUUUGAAGAACACCAAGACCAAACAAAAAGUGGACCGGGCCAUAGAGGGCGCUAUCAGGGCUGCUGCCAUCGCCAGAACCAAAGUGGAGAUUGCUGUCUCCAGGACAGCCCAUGCUCGUGCCAAAGCAGACGCUGCUGACCAGGCCGCGCAGUCGGCUAAUCAGGACUCCGACAUUGCCCGGGCAGUGGCCAGAGAGCUGGCUCCAAGCUUCCACCAGCCCGGUCCUGAUUACAUCCGACAGAAGUACAACGAGCCUCUGGAGGUGCAGGAGGUGGUGGAGGAGAAGAAGGAAAAGUCUCCAUCUGGAAGUCCUCACUUCUAUAGAAAAGGCACCACCCCUGAAACAUCGCCCUCCCAGAGCCCCUCCCAGAGCCCCGCCCCCAGCCCCCCACCCUCACCUCCGCCCCCACCCAAGAAGACCACCCCCACGAAGGCCACAGGCAAGGAGAACAAAGCUCCCACUCCUGAGGCCGUCACUGCAGGUAUCACAAAGGCUGCAUCCAAGCUCUCUCUGAAACAGGAAGUGAAGUCAGCAGAGCCCCUCCCUCUCAAGCCCCUCCCCCCUGCCCCCACCUCCAACUCCAGCAACGGACAGAUCCACUCCCAGUUCCACAGCUACUACGUCAAGGCCGACAUCAAGCUGCCUCCCCCUGAGGAGCUGGAAGGCCUGGAGGACGACUUCCACCCCUCUAGUCUUGCUCGGUUACCCCCUCCCAGCAAAACAUUUGGAUCUGCAGCCACCAAAGCCCCAGUCGCCAGCACCCCAUCUCCAGUCCCCCCAAAAGACACCCCAAAAUCUGCAGAGUCCAAGCCCAAACGUCAGGAGUCCACCAAGCCAAAGAGCUUGGCAGAGACAAAGAAAGCCAGUAUGGAAAUAGUCCAGGACGCUGUGGAGGAGGAGACGGGUCCUAACUCCAUCCUGGUGGCUCUUGUGAUGCUUAUCAAUGUCGGUCUAGCAAUUAUUUUUGUCCAUUUUCUCACCUGACCAAAUCUGAUCUCAGAGGAGGAGUGUGCUACCGCGCUGCCGAUGGGCCCCUCCACACGAGGGGGGCCAGCCCGGCAGCCACUGGUGUCAUGGCCAAGUGAAAGUAGAAGGAUUGUGAAUGAGAAGGCUGAGAAGAGUUAGUUAGGACUGAAGAAGAGAGAGAGAGAGACAGCUGAUCAGAGACCACCACCGCACCCCCGCUUUCUGAAGGACUGUGGACUCUGAGCCACUCCACUAGAACACUGCCCAGGCCGCUCUAUGCCCAGGGAGAAGAGCUGAAUGUGAGGGUCAGCACUGGCACUGCCCACCCAAGCCUAUAAUAAUGUGUGUGUGUAUGUGAGCGUGUGCGCGUGUGUGUGUGUGAGAGAGAGAGCGCUACUGUCUAGCUCAUGUCUACAAAUGUUACAAUAAAACCAAUUUGUGCCCGGUCCAGUUUGGCUUUUCUUAACUGUUCACCAGUACGGCUGCUUUUGGAAAGGGACAGGUGUUUCGAAUGCAGGUUGUAUGCUGCAAACAUGAAUAUCUACAUCAGUUAAACGUUCACUGUGUCUCUGACUCAUUCGGACUCGUUCUGAAUUCAUUAUAUGCAAAAUAAACUUUCAUUAGCUCACCAUUAGUUUACUCAGAGUUGUAUUUUGACUGAUUCGUGCAUGUUUGAGUCAUCUUGUGUUGCUUUUGAGGCUUGAGUGUUCAGAAAGCUUCAGUUUAUUAACUUAAUAUUGCAUAGCCAUUUUAUUAAAAAAAUUAAAAAGCACUGUAAAUGAAGAUUUGCUGCAGUUUUGAGCAAGAGAUCAACCGACCUGUUUCUGCUAUUAAACCAUUUUAAAUCAACAUUGCGGUUUACAAUGAAGAAAUAGUAAUACAAAAGACUAUUAAGUUAUUUUUAAUAGAAAAAUAACAAUAAUCUAAACAUUAGCAAAUCAUGACUGACUAUCAAAGAUCAUUACUUUUUCAUAUAAGAUGAAAACUCCUCCAUCAUAGUUUAAAUAUUUAUAUUUUUCUUUUUCUUUAUUAUUUAUUUCUUGUUCUUUAUUUUAUUUCCAUACAUUUUGUGUUUGUUUUUUGUUUUAUUUUGUUUUUUUUCUCUAUGGAAAUACUCUUAGCUCAAAAAAUAAAUAUUUUAAAAAAUAUAUAGUCCAACCAACUAAAUAAAUCUCAACCAGUCACAAAUUCUCAAAUGGAGAUCGUGGCUCAAGCCAUUUUAACUGAUGUAGACGUCCAGAUUUGCCGUAGCCUGACGUUCCCUAAACGUUCCCUUUAGGCAGGACUCAGGAGCGUGUUUUGAGCUGCUUCUUGUCGGCGUUGGCCUCAGUGUGGAGUGAGUGGGCUGGGGUCUGUUCACACGUCCACUGGGGCUGAUGGAAGGGGGCAGCUGUGGCCCCUUUUACAGAGUGACGUGGUGUUGGGUGAGAAGGGCCAGGCCAGGAAUGUCAGGCUGGGGCUCUGCCAGCUCAUGAGGCCUGCACUAGUUCAAGUCUGUAGGACAGAUUUUCAUCUUUUCAUCAGUAUUGCCUGGUUUAGUACGAUCGUGCGUGUGGUAAAUAUUUAUCAUUGUUUAAAAAGUCCAUGGCAUCAUUACAAAAAUGAUAUCCAAAAAGCAGGAAAAUCUAUGUCAAUUUAAACGUGACUUUAUCAAGUGAGCGUGUUAUAAAUAUCUACAUUUUAUAUUUGUCUCAUUUGUUGUGUAAAUAAGACAAGCUUUGUCCUUGUUUUACAUAAUGGUUGCUAGGUAACAGGGAUGCACUAAUCCAGCUUUUACAGGUCCAAUACUGAUUUCGAUACUAAUACUUUAAGUGCCCAAUAUAAACUGACACCAGAGCAGAGGCUGAAAAUAGCAUUUAGUUUAAACUCAAAACAAAUAAUGUGUUAUGGAACUGUUUUUUAUCUUAUUACAUCAAUUCAUACGUCCAAUCAGGAGACCCGCUGAGCCGAUAUUUGGAAGGCGAUAUCAGAUCCCAGUAUUGGAUCAGUGCAUCCCGAGUAACAGAUAUGAAAUGACCUCUGAGGCUCAUGUACAAACAGGUGAAGAGUACAAUGAUAAACUAGGGAGAAAUAGGGAAGAUUUUUUUUGUUUUGUUAUAAAAAUCUCAAACUAACUAUUAACAAUUUUUAAAUUAUGUUACGUUAAGUAUUCUAUUUUUCUUUUUUUUCCGUUUUUACCUCAUGCCCCUGCCCGCAGCUCUGUUAAUAGCAGUUUUUCUUUUUGUUUUUUGUUUUCAUUUGCAGGCUUAAGUGCAGAAGUGUAUUUUGUUACAAAUGAUUGGUUUAAAUAUAACAUUACACCUGCUGUUGUGGAGAGUUAAAGCUCUUUGGCUCGUGGCCAGUUCAAGUCUAGCCUUAUUGUUCUUAUAAACUGUAAAUUGUGCUAUUAAUACAUUUUGAAAAAUAAGUUUAGUAUUUGAACUUUUUUGGUUUAAGCCAGAAAUGUUGCUUAAUUAUUAAUUUAUUUUUCCUCACACAGUAGUGGUGUUGUAUUAUGACAGAAACAUGGCUCAUUUUUACCUUUAAUCUUAAUUUAUUGAAUGAGCACUGUUUGGAAAAUGUGUAUGACUAUUUUAACAUAUAUAUAGCAUCAUAUAUGGAGCAUCACAUGUAUUGGGGAGGUUCAUAUGAUUUUUUGUAUAAUUUCUAGUUGCUUACAGAUGUUUACCUGUGUUUUCAGUUGGGCUAAAACAACUACAAAAUACACUGCCUGGCCAAAAAAAAGGCACCACCUGGCUUUAAAUAGAUAUAAAUACGUUGGUGUUACUGCAGUUGGUCAGGUCUAGGUUCAGCAACAGUGUGUGCUCAAAGAAUGAGGUCAGCUGACACCUGAAUAUACUGAAUGACCAGGUAUUCCAUCAAUGGAUUUUUUCUUCCCUGAUGACACGGGCAUAUUCCAAGAUGACAAUGCCAGGAUUCAUCGGGCUCAAAUUGUGACAGAGUGGAUCAGGAGCAUGAGACAUCAUUUUCACACAUGGAUUGUCCACCACAGAGUCCAGACCUUAACCCCAUUGAGAAUCUUUGGGAUGUGCUGGAGAAGCUUUGUGCAGCGUCAGACUCGACCAUCAUCAAUGCAACAUCUUGGUUAAAUUAAUGCAGCACUGGAUGGAAAUAAAUCUUGUGACAUUGCAGAAGUGAAAUCAAAACAAUGCAACAGCGAAUGUGUGACGUUAUCAAAGCUAAAGGUGGAACAACCAAAUAUUAGAGUGUGUGCCCUUUUUUUUUUUUUGGUGGCGACUUUUUUUUGGCCAAGCAGUGUAAGACUGUUCAUGGCGUUUAGACGGGUCCAAUGAAAGCCAAUAGAUCAGAUAUACAUUACACAGAAUUUGCUGAUGUCAUCAUUUCAGAUGGAGGGCAGGAGCCUAUUGAUAUUUUGCAGUGACAUCACGCUGGGGGUAUUCGACAUGUAUCUCUAUGGUGGAAUGUUCAGCAGUUACCAUGGUGACACAAUGCACACAUUAGCAAACACAACCAAAUAAGUUUUAAACUCAAGUAAAAAUACUAAAUGGAUUUAAACGGCACAUUUUCAGGAGCCUGUGAUCAGUCUGAGCUCAUGGUCAUGUUUGAAUUUCAACAAAAAGGUGAGAGCGACUCACUGAAAAACUGUUGGCUAAUGCUAGCUAGCUUGUGACCGUGAUUUUAUAUGUGAGGGACUUGUUCCAGUUCCUCUCUUUCUGGUCAGGUUGUGUUAAAAUAUAGCUCAAAAUAAAGUCUAACAGAGAUUUUGAUAUGAUUUUAUUUUUUCUCAUUUUUGUGCUGUACUUUGUGAGAAUACCAGAUUCAAUGCAUUAUUUCAUAUUUUGUCCUCCCAGUUAACUUCAAUUAUAAAUCAGAUGUGACCUUUUUAGACCGUCACUUUUAUGCUGAAUAGUAGUUAUAGAACAGAGGUGCCCAAACUUUUUUUUUAUCAAGAGCCACAUCUCAAAACAUAUUUGAAGCGGAGGGCCACAGACCAGUGAUCAGUGCAGUGUGGUGCUUCAUACAUAGCUUUGACAGAGCCGCUGUGUAUUAAAAAGACCUGAAAAACAUUCAUUUUAGGUCUGUAUCACUCUGCAAUGUGAUGUUUGAGGUUAUAGGGGUAGAAAUAGUUUAAUUUGCUGUUAAAAGUACUGUUUAUGAUCAGUUGGGCCGGUUCAGCAGGAGGCCUGAGGGACAAUAAAAACUGGUCUGAGGGCCACAUUUGGCCCCCGGGCCAUAGUUUGGACACCCCUGUUAUAGAAAUACUUUGUGCUUUAAUUUGAGUAAUGUUAUGUCAAGGAAAUGCUUCUUUUACUUAAGUACAAGUCCUCCUGUAAUUAUAUAUUUAACUACAUUUAUUUAUAUUAUUUAUUACAUUUGUUUGAGGAGCAUGGCAAGAAACAAACGUGGGGAUGAACAGUUUAAAAGGAGUAGCUACAGUUUCAUAAUUAUAAGUCUAAUGGGGUUGCAGUGUUUCCUGGACGUGGGUUGAGCUGCUCGGGGUCAGACAGAACUUUCAUGAGGACCCAUGCUCUCCAUGUUUCCUUGGGAUCCCACUCAGAGCAGGCCCGGUCUAUUAUCCGGUUUAAUAAUGCAUCCAGAGCUCUCAGCUGCAGCUACGAGUGUGAUCCGUGUGUGAUCAGGUCAACAGACACUAAGCACAAACACAAGUGAAGGAAAAAACAGACUUUGUGACACUAAAUGAGCAAUAAUAAUGAAUGUAUUUACUAUGUUGUAAUGUAUAACUACUGUUAAUAAUUUUAUGUUUGGCUUGUUUUUGUUGCUUUGGCUGUGACUUUAUUCUACAACAUCUCUAACUGCCUAAAUCUUGCAAUAUUUUUAAUGUCAUUCAAACAUUUGCUGCACUUGUGAUGAGUUGUAGAUUAUUGUUGAAAUGAUGGGAAAGCAAAGGACGAGCCAUGCAAACUGUACUGUGUAUGUGGUGUGCUCUACCAACUGACCCACAACAGUGCUGAGUGCAGGAAUAUGUGUUAAAAAUGUAAUGAGGUAGACUGUUUCCUAUUGGCCGUUCUCUUGUGUGGGCUGGGCUUAUAGUUCAGGAGAUGAGUCUGGAUUGGACCUUUACAGCAUGUCCUGGUUAUGCACUGAAUAUUUAAAAGGUUAAUCUCUAAUUUUGAAUCAAUUAAACCAAUUGAAAAUGCAUCCCUAAAACUCCUCAAGUGAAAAAUUCAUCAGCAUUUAAAAUUCAGAUCUAAUUAGCCCAUAGUGGAGUCUAUUUUUAUUGGACUGGCUGUGUAAAGCAACAAAUCUAAUGGUCAUUUCAGCUCCCAAAAGUGAUCUUCAGGUCAGGUUUGAUGGAUGCAGAACGCUCUUCAGUGUGGGGGAAAGGGGGGUGGAAAAAAAGGAUGGUUGAAUGUUUUUAAAAUUUUUUAUUUUUUUUUUGGUGACAGUCUUAGAGUCAUGACUGUCUGAUGUCAGAUUAAACCAUAUGUGCCAGAACACUGCUCAGAUGAACUAUUGUAAUGUGUUCCUUACAUGUGAAUGCAAGCUUUGCAGUUGUGGAGACAUUUUGAAUACUCUAAAUGUUGAAACUAGCUGUGAUUAAAACCUGCUGUUGACUGUUUUAUGCUCUGUGUGUGUGAGAGAGAAGAUUAAAAUGCAUUGACAUUAG